CAUGGCAGGAGCUCUGCGUUUGUGAAGAUAUUCUUAUUCCAUCCUGCUCAUGACACCCCCCCACACCCAAUGAACAUGGAGCAUGCCGUCUUCCUCUUCCUGGUUUGGCUUAACACGGCAGCAAUAACCACCUUGUGCGCCGGCGGCGGCCAAACUCGGUUCUCCUACUCGGGCUUCGCCGGCGCUAACCUCACCGUCGACGGCAACGCCACUGUGACGCCCGACGGGCUCCUGGUGCUGACCAGCAGCAAGACCAACCUCCAAGGCCACGCCUUCUACCACACGCCGCUGCAGCUGAGCACGUCUCCGGGCGGCAAGGUGGCGUCCUUCGCGGCCGCCUUCGUGUUCGCCAUCGUGUCCGACUACACCGACUUCAGCGCCCACGGUAUGGCCUUCGUGGUGGCCCCGAACAAGGGCUUCCCCGGCGCGUUGCCGGCCGGGUACCUGGCCCUCCUCAACGUCCAGAACAACGGCAACGCGAGCAACCACCUCCUGGCGGUGGAGCUCGACACCACCCAGAACACCGACUUCAAGGACAUCAACGCCAACCAUGUGGGCAUCGACAUCAACGAUCUACACUCGGUGCAGUCCUCCCCUGCGGGGUACUACGACGGCGGCGGCGUUUUGAGGAACCUGACCCUCUUCAGCCGGGAGGCGAUGCAGGUGUGGGUGGAGUAUGACGGCGACGCGGGCCGGAUCGAUGUGACCCUGGCACCCAUAAGGGUGGGCAAUAACAAGCCGGCGAGGCCCUUGGUCUCGGCCAUCUGUAAUCUCUCGACGGUGCUCAAGGAGCAGUCGUACGUCGGCUUCUCGUCGGCAACAGGUGGGAUCAACUCGAGACACUAUGUGCUCGGCUGGAGCUUCGCGAUGAACGGUCCUGCUCCAGCCAUCGACAUCGCCAGGCUGCCGAAGCUGCCUCCAUUUGGGCCCAAGCCUCGUUCCAAGGUUCUGGCGAUCGUCCUGCCAAUAGCGACAGCAGCAGCCAUCGUCGCUGUCGGCAGCCUCGCCACCCUUCUCGUGCUGAGAAAGCUGAGGUACGCUGAGGUCCUUGAAGAGUGGGAGCUUGAGUUUGGGCCGCACCGCUUCUCUUUCAAGGAUCUGUACCACGCGACCAGUGGGUUCAAGAGCAAACACCUACUUGGUGCCGGUGGAUUCGGACAAGUGUACAAAGGAGUCCUUGGCAGCAGCAAGUCGGUCUGCACGGAGGUGGCUGUGAAGAGGAUCUCUCACGAGUCAAGGCAAGGGAUGAAGGAGUUCAUCGCCGAGGUAGUCAGCAUCGGGCGCCUCCGACACCGUAAUCUGGCACAGCUACUCGGCUACUGCAGAAGGAAGGGUGAGCUCCUCCUGGUGUACGAGUACAUGCCAAAUGGCAGUCUUGACAAGUACCUCUACUACCGCGAGGAGGAGAACAAACCAGUGCUUGAUUGGGCUCAAAGGUUCCAUAUUAUCAAGGGCGUGGCAUCGGCCUUGCUCUACAUCCACGACAAGUGGGAGAAGGUUGUCAUACACCGAGACGUCAAGGCAAGCAACGUGCUCCUGGACAGCGAGAUGAACGGCCGCCUCGGCGACUUCGGGCUCGCAAGGCUGUACGACCACGGCACCGACCCGCAGACCACGCACAUCGUCGGCACCAUGGGCUACUUAGCCCCCGAGCUGAUACGCACCGGUAGGGCAUCCAAGCUCACAGACGUGUUCGCCUUCGGUGCUUUCCUUCUUGAGAUCACCUGUGGGCGAAGGCCAGUCAGUAUUGACGACGAUGCCGCUCAAGAAAUGCUAGUGGACUGGGUCCUCGAGCACUUGCGCGAAGAAGGGUCUCUCGCUCACACCGUCGACGUGAGUUUACGGGGUCAAUAUGAUGUCGAUGAGGUGUUCCUAGUGCUCAAGCUAGGUCUGCUGUGCUCGCAUCCAUACACAAACAUAAGGCCAGAUAUGCAGCAAGUCAUGCAAUAUCUCGACGGAAGCACACCACUUCCAGAUUUGCAGCCCACAGAUAUGACCUUCAGUGCAAUGGCUCUAAUGCAGAAUGAAGGAUUCGACUCAUAUGCCAUGUCCAUUCAGUCGUCAGCUGGAACUGGAAGCAUGGCAACCGCCGUAUCGGCUGGAAGCAUUGGCACUAUAUCUUUCAUAUCAGGUGGAAGAUGACAAGCAUACAUGCAUGGGACUUAGAGAGUGUGUGUGUUGUGUCGGUGUGGAUGGCGUGCUUCCUUUUGGCAAUGUAUAUAUACUAGUGUAAACAACGCGCCUUGCGUCUUCUUUUUCCAAUCAGUCCUUCGUGUUGCGUUUGGAAGUCCAAUAGAUGGUCUUAUCCGGAGAACACUCGCCAAGAUAACUUACAUUCAUGGCUGUCGAAGAAGCAUCGUGUGCUUAAAGCAGAAAAUCAAUAUGGUAGAACAGGCAUGACAUACGGUACAGUCUUUCUAGACUAAAAGAUGAUCAAUGACACAUAUUUGGAUUUUUUUAUCAUUA